UACUAUCGUCCUACAGAAGUAGAAACGUUACUUGGUGACGCUACGAAAGCAAAGAAAGUCCUUGGAUGGGAGGCUAAGAUCUCCGUGGAGGAACUCGCUAAAGAAAUGGUUGCCUCUGAUGUUGCCCUGAUGACUGCUAAUCCUAUGGCUUAA